AAACGCUUCGGCCGCCCCUGUCAUGGAGCAUUCAGACAGGAUUAGAAUCAGCCCAGCAGCAGUUGCCUCUUCUGACGAGUGGAUGCUGCGUCUCUUCCCCAAACCUGGCCAACCCUCCGCUUUCUGUUCCGAGUCAAACCGCGCGAACACCUGCCAGUGACACCGUCGGAGCAGCCUUUCAUCUGGGACCUUAUUGCACACAUUGCCCGGCUGUGUAGGACUUGCCCGGCUGCUGACGGGCUGCGGCGGGACACAAUGAGGAUUGGCCUCGGUGUCAUAUCCCGCAGCCCUGCCCGCUCGGGGCUUUUAUGGCCUCAGUAUGUUAGCUAGCUAACGGAUUCCUUUAUGACCUGUAAGCCUUGGGUUGUUUAGGCAUGCUAAAGGAUUUCAUGAACAGCAAACAUGAGGUUUAUCUUGGCUUGACUGGAACAAUGCGAAAGGAAGCGCGGCGGGUAUGGUACCACCGCUUGCGUUUAGAAUACCAAGGCUGGGAAUACUAGGCUGAAUGGGGAUGAACCCACAUCCCGUGCUGCUACUCGGAGCUUUUGUAAAAAAAAAAAAAUACGGAGACAUGACAUGCACCAGAAAAAAGAGGAAACGCAGCGGUGGGCUCUUUAAACCCUUUGCUUUAUGAAGGGAGUCCGCAACAGGCUUCCGAAAAGCCCCUUUUACGAAGAUUUGGACCAUUGGCACAGUUACACCGUCAGGUGCUGCUUCUUAUUUACCACUUGUUUCUAGCUAUUCGUCUUUGUGUGUGAACAGCCAGGUGGAGCCCACACUUUAUGUGGACUGCAACAGCCUGUCAUAGUGUGGAGGACAAGCAGCCCACAGCAGGCCCCUGGAGAGGACAUAAUACACCAACAAAGGGACUGUGCUCGACAUGGGGCGAUGUGGAUUGAGGUGUUCCUGUUCUUUGUGAACUGUGGAAAGGAAGCAACCACGAGGACGAAGGAACGGAUAGCCGACGGAGGAGGCGGGGGAGUGGUGGCUUUGGUGUUUAAAGAAACGCUGGUAUGGGUGGGGGAGCAUUCGGGAUGGCUAAUGGAAACGAGAGCAGUGAAGGGCCUGCUGGGCCCAUGGCAGCAGUAGUAGCUACCGCAGAAGGAAUGGUAACAGAGAGUCCUUCCUCGGCUGUCUCUACCUAUAUUAAACUGGUGCUACUAGGGCUGAUCAUUUGCAUCAGCCUGGUGGGCAACCUGGUGGUGUCUCUGCUCGUACUGCGGGACCGGGCCCUGCAUAAGGCACCUUACUACUUCCUGCUGGACCUGUGCCUAGCAGACACCAUUCGCUCAGCCAUCUGUUUCCCCUUCGUGCUGGUGUCUAUAAAGAACGGCUCGGCCUGGACCUACAGCGUGCUGAGCUGCAAAGUGGUGGCCUUUAUGGCAGUCCUCUUCUGCUUCCAUGCCGCCUUUAUGCUGUUCUGCAUCAGUGUAACACGCUACAUGGCCAUUGCACACCACCGCUUCUACUCAAAGAGAAUGACAUUCUGGACAUGUGUGGCAGUGGUGUGCAUGGUGUGGACACUGUCUGUGGCAAUGGCUUUCCCGCCAGUUUUUGACGUGGGCACCUACAAAUUUAUUCGUGAGGAGGACCAGUGCAUCUUUGAGCAUCGCUACUUCAAGGCUAAUGAUACACUAGGCUUCAUGCUAAUGCUGGCUGUGCUCAUUCUAGCCACACAUGUUGUCUACAUGAAGUUGCUUCUCUUUGAGUAUAAGCACCGUAAGAUGAAGCCUGUUCAGAUGGUGCCGGCCAUCAGUCAGAACUGGACCUUCCACGGACCUGGGGCUACUGGCCAAGCGGCCGCCAACUGGAUUGCGGGCUUUGGCAGGGGCCCAAUGCCGCCAACUCUGCUGGGAAUCCGGCAAAACUUGCACAACCAGAACCGGCGCCUAUUGGGCAUGGAGGAAUUCAAAGUGGAGAAACAGCUUGGCAGGAUGUUCUACGUGAUCACGCUGCUUUUCUUGGUGCUCUGGUCUCCCUACAUAGUGGCUUGCUAUUGGAGGGUGUUUGUCAAGGCUUGCACAAUACCACACAGGUACCUUUCCACCACUGUGUGGAUGAGUUUCGCCCAAGCUGGGGUCAACCCCAUUGUCUGUUUCUUCCUUAACAAAGACUUAAAGAAAGGGCUCCUUUCCCACCUACCAGCCUGCUGCAGGACUAAACCUCAUCUGCCACGAGAGCCUUAUUGCGUCAUGUAAGCAGAGAUGAUGAUCUAAACCUGGAGAAAUAACAAGGGACAGGAAACACCUGUGUUGGGGGAGUGUUUGCUUGAGCUAUUGUGGCGUUUUAUGAAAUGCAAGCUACUUGUAAGCAAUGGGUUUGAACUAGUUAGUGUAUUGGUUAAAACACUGGAAUGGUAAGCAUAUAAUUCCAUCUCCCAACCCCUUUUCACUUAAACAACAGCAUACAUGGAGUCAGACCUUCUGAUAACAAGAGAAAAAUUCUUUAAUAGCAAAACCAACACAUUCUCACUCCCCUUUUGUAAAAUACGGACGCUUGGCCAGUUGCCUUUGUUGUUGUUACUGACGCUAAAAGUCCUUGGUCCAGACUAUUGGCGUCCCUUUUGAUGCGGUUAGGUUAAGGAAAAGCUUGUGGGUGGGCUUAUGGUUCUGUGACUCGCGGGAAUAACACAAAGGUUACACACCAACCUCCCUACGUCGAAUUUCCCCCUUACAUACUACUUGCUAAACCCCGUCAAGAUGCUGCUGUUCCCACUACGUUCUACAAACACGCCGAAGUCGGCUUUUUUUCGUCCCAUCAGACAUGGACAGCCACUGUCCAAACGUCCAUAUUCUACGACUUCAGAGUGAGAACAGGUUGGCAAAACCUGCAGGUAAUAAUGCAGUUAUUGAGGAAACCAAGCCAGCCAAAACAGCCACAUACAAAUUACAUAAUUGCUUAAAUGAGAAUAUAUAAAUUGCCAAUUAGAAAAAUAUCUUGGAUUAACACAAAAAAUAUUUGAGUUAGUUUUGGUGAAAAAAAGAUUACUGAAAAGAAGCAACUUUUCUAGACUAAAUCUACAUUUUACUAACAUGUCGGACAGGGGUGGAACGGUACACAGAAGUCACGGCUCGUGCCGUACCUCGGUUCAGACAUCACGGUUCGGUACGAGUUUGGUACAAUGGGAGGAAAAGCAAAACAAAAAUGCAGAAGGCACUUUUUUUUACUGUUUAUGUCUCAGGCUCUACCCUCUAGCGUAAUAUAGUCUCUCCCCUGAGUAUUUAAAGUAAGAUUUAAACAGUAAACAAUAAGUACCUCACAUCAUCUCCAGACUCUGUCUGGAACUUGUUAACAAAAUCAGACAAUCAGCUAUAAACUAAAAUAGUAUUAUAUAGUAUAUAUAUGGAGCAGAGAGGAGAGGGCGCCGCCACAAGAGAGAAAUACCGUGCGUGCUGGACAAUACUGGCAUCUUUUCCAAAGAAGGUCGCCAGAUAUGUCGCUAGUUUCUUAAAAAAUUUUUUUUUGCAAUGGGGGUCUGAAAAGUAACUAAAUCUUGCGACAUCACUAAGAUGGUAAGACUUAGUGCUGCUAUCUUUGACUCACUAAAACUGCAUACAUAGGCGGAGCUCGGCUACAUACGGCGCACCAAUCAGAGCUAAGGAAGGGCUACAGAUUAGGUGUCCCUGAAGAACCUGUGUAUCUAACAGUAGUUCCACAUUACAUUAGUUCUGUUCUACAUUAAGUUUUAUUUAUUUUUAUACCAUGUAUUCUCCAUGUAAAAUGACUGACCGAACCGUGACGCCCGUACCAUUUUUGUUCAAUAUGAAUACAUGUACCGUUCUACCCCUAACAGGUACUUUUUUUAGUACCGCCUCAGUCGAGGUUCCAGGUGAGCUGAGGCAAUACCAAAAGGUUACGUGAAAACCAGUAGACUGCUAAUUGGUUGAAGAGAAUCAUCACUACUAACUGCCUCAUCAUUGCUAGCGACAGUCCUGAACAAAAUAUUUAAAUAGUUAGACAGCGUUUUUUUUUUGCUGCCUCAAGCUUCUUUUAAAACUAAAUUUGUCUUCUGGUAAACAGCCCCAUGCCGAGAUUCAAAAGCAACACACCUUCAACGUUGUAUGUGUGUGUGUGUGUGUGUGUGUGUGUGUGUGUGUGUCGCGUAAGUCACGGCAGUUUCCUGCCAUGACGACCAGCCAUGACUCGCCACACACAUGAGGCGGUACUAAUCUGCAAUGGAAAAAAGAGGACGGGGCACCGCGGUCAAGUCAAGACGAGUCGAGCAGGUACCAUUAUUGGAAAAACGCCAUAAGUCUGUUUCUCUCUGCCGUUGUUUUUCACAUAGACGAUAACAGACAUUAGUUAAUGUUAGUGCUUGUUUGAGCAGAUCUCUGCCGACAUAACGUCAGGUAAGAUAACUUUAAAGGGCCCAUGGUAUGAAAAUGUAACUGUAUGAGGUUUUUAACAUUAAUACACAUUCCCCCAGACUGCCUAUGGUCCCCUAGUGGCUAGAAAUGGAUAGAGGUGUAAACCAAGCCCUGGGUAUCAUGCUCUGCCUUUGAGAAAAUGAAAGCUCAGAUGGGCCGAUCUGGAAUCUUUCCCUUUAUGAGGUCAUAAGGGUUACCUCCCCUUUCUCUGCU